AUGUCGUCGCGGCUCGAAGAAAUUCGUGAGUUCGCUCAGCUGAGGUUAUGGUGCGACAUGGUACUGAGAUGGCACCACGCUAGAAAGGAGUACGUGUUCGAGUGGAGAGACUGGCCGCUGUGGGAAAACGAAGCAAUCGGACGAAAGCUAAGCAGUGAGGGGGCGAACGCAGUCGUCCAAGAAUUGGUUCGCACCGGCCACGCAGAGUGGAACGAUGCUGGAAAGUCCAUGGUGACUCUAAUGUGGCACAGCGCGGAAGAGAUUGCAGCCAAGCUGUUCGACUUCGUGAAGAAGCACGACAUGGUCGGCAGUGUUUUCACGGUGUACGAAUUGCACCAAGGCGAUGAGGUCUUGGGGACGGAUUUUUUCGGGAUGGACGAAGGGCUCUUCAGGAAAGCGCUAUCUGUCUUGGAGAGCCAAGAGCGAGUGGUUAUGUUCAAGGGGGCGACUUCGGAAGAGGAUGGAGUAAAGUUCUUAGGAUAAGUUUGCGCUUGAAAAGGUUUCU